GGGAGUUGAAUACAACGAAGCAGAGGUUCUGUGCUCCCAAAAUGAUACAUUUUUUAUGAAUGAAACAGCACAUGAAAAGCUUUGAAACAGUAAAAAAAGGUUGUUUUUCUUAUUUGUUUCAAUAUUAUGUUCAAUCUUCUAUAUAACUUGUGUUGCAAUGAUUAUAUUUUAUUAUCAGAUUUUUGUUUCCUUUCCCUUAGAAGGUAAGAAUAAGUUAUGAAUACCCAGAAGCUCUGUUAUUGGAUGUAAAAUGGUGGUUGUGACCUUAUUACAAAUAUAAUCUAUGCAUGAAAAGUGUAUGAAUGCUUUCAACUUUUCAUUGAUAAUUCAUUUGACGUCAUCUUCAUUCGAACAUUUGUCAUCCUAUUUGGAAAUUUGAGGUUGUAUAUCAUUUAGAAAUACACAGAGUAUCUCCAUAAAGCAAUUCCAGAUGGAUGGUGGUAACAUCAAUUCAAGUGAACACAUUGAUACAACUUCUACCAAAAUCUUUGUUGGAGGUUUAGCUUGGGAAACUCAAAGGGACACAGUGAGAAGGUAUUUUGAGCAGUUUGGAGAGAUUUUAGAGGCUGUUGUUAUCACAGAUAAGAACACUGGAAGAUCCAAGGGUUAUGGUUUUAUCACAUUCAAGGAUCCUGAGGUAGCAAUGAAAGCAGUUCAAAACCCAUAUCCAAUAAUUGAUGGACGGAAGACAAAUUGCAACAUUGCAUCUAUUGGUGCAAACAAGAAUCGCAGACAGGCUCCACAACAUGCAGAUAUAUUCAACCUUCACAUGACAUGAUGUACCCGAUGAUGGUAGGUGUUUGUGCAAUAAAUGUUUCACACGUAUAACUCGUACCAAUAAUUAUUUCUGAAUGAUUGAUUAUGCACAUGUGUCUUCAAUAACUUUGGCAUACUUUUGUCUGCACAAUUUUGUAGAACUGUUAUGGAGUACUUGGAGAGCAACAGUUCUCAACUUACUACCCCUACAUUGGACCAUCUGAACCUAUAAGAUUGGUCCAUAACACUUACCCUUUUUUUUCUCAGUAUGCACACAAUAUCGAAGCUCAAGGUUUUGGAUUCCAUUAUCCCCAAAUGAUGCAUUCUCCAGUUAUUCCUAGGCACUAUGACUCACCUGGUAUCCUUAGAUUUCCUUCGUCAAUGGAAAGGCCAACUAUUAGUGCAGUUACCAGAACUGCAACAACAAAAAGAGAGACACUAAGAACAUGUGCAGAUGCUUCACAAACCAGUGAAAUAACUUCUGAACAAGAUUCUUCAGCUGAAUCUUCGCAUAAAUAAUCAAAUGAUGUCUUGAAAGCAUGAUUACAGAAGAGGCAAAGAUACAAGUAUGUACCAAGAGAAGUAAUCCAACAACCCAAAAACGAAAGGGUUCGUUCAA